AUGGAAAUCUCGGAAUGUACAGGAAAUCAAAUACAUGGAUCAAAUCUUCAACAGAACAUCCCUGAUAUGUGGAAAACAUUGAUAAACAAACAUCUUGGAACACGAGUUGGGAAUAAAUACAGAAAUAUAGCCCGAGAUAUUCAGCUGGUGGAUAGUGGUAUUAAAGCAGCGUUUCUAUUUGAUUAUUCGUGUGUUACGUCUGACGUGAUUUCGGACUUUCUAAACGACCUGAACGCUUCUAAAUUGCUGAGCUAUAUCGAGGAUUUAAACGUGAUAGAGAUUGCUCUGGAUGUGCUUAUAUGUAAUAGAAAACAGUUAUCCAAAAUUCCAUGGGAUCGAAUUAAAUUUGUGGAUAUAUCUAGAUCAAACUCAGGAUCGAUUCUACCAGCAGACGCACCAGAGCUUAAAGCGACCAAAGAAGCAUUUGAAUGGAUUCUUAGUCAUACAAGUGACCGGCAGUUAUCAGUGGAAUUUACAGAUAACUUGGUAAACCCGACUACAUUAUUUGGUGUUAUGAUCGGUUAUCCAGUCGUAUACUGGUACGAUGUUUCUAAAGAAAAUGGUGCCAUGUUGUCGAUGGUUCCGUUGAAAUGUAUUCAGAUAUUUCAACAGAGACACCUGGUGUAUAGUUUUAGUUUACCGAUGGACUUGUGGUUGGAACUAGAACACGUGAUUCAAUCUUGGUUCUCAGAUCAGAAGACUGUAUGUUGUGAUUUAACUUUAGACUCGGACGUUAAGACAUUAUCCAGUGUAGCUUUAUAG